CCGCUCUCGGCUCAACCAACCUACCAACAACAAGUACAGUCCACUCUCUUCGUCUCUGGACAUUAUUCAACGCCGCAAGAUUUUCUGAUACCCCCACCCCCUCAUCGCACCAACGAACACCAUCAUGGCCGACAAGCUUCGAAACCAGCAGGAGCUCGAGCGCCUGCAAGCAAAGUUCCUUGGUACGGGCCAUCCAGACACCACGAGCUGGGAGUGGAGGACAAACAUUCAACGCGACACGUAUUCGUCCAUUGUUGGCCACCGCCCUCUGCUUGCCUACGUCGCCGUUGCCGAGAACGAGCCUAUUUCCAAGGUCCGCGCGAAACUGAUCCGCCAAAUGGUCCAGCCGUGCGGGCCGCCACCGCCACGAGAUGGCGAGGAACCGCUCCCCGAGAACCAGAACUAGGCGCGGGGUCAAUCACGAUCGCGACACCUCGAGGAUUGUUUAAAGAUGGCGUUAUGGAAGAUACCCAACAUGGUAUGGAACUUGGUCAUGCAUACAUCGAUACGUGGCGUACGUAGCUUUAGAGAUUAAUCGUCAUUAUUGGCUUGGUUUUGGUGCCUUUUCUCUUGAGACUUAGUCGUCACCACCCGUCUCGGCCGC